UGGUCAUGUACUCAAUAUUACUGAUAAUUACAUGAACUUCUUGCAAGUUGACUUGUUUGAUGUUAAACUGAAAGUUGGUAACAACGUCGUUGAGCGCAGCAGCAAGGACUCAGUAUAUGUUGUUCCCGAUGAGACAUCCUCUCACAUGUAUAUGGAGAAAAUCAAGAAAUCAAUGAAGAGUGGUGAACCCUUCACGUACGAAAAACGCUCUUCCGGCUUCCCUGAGCGUCUGUUCCUUCCUAAGGGUACUAAGAGCGGUAUGCCGAUGCAGAUGUUCGUCUAUGUUAGCCAGUACGAAGGGACUCCCGCGUGGACGUACGAGUCCCCCGUUUGGGGCACCAUGUUCGACGAUGGAAAACCUAUGGGAUUCCCGCUGGACAGACCCGUCUAUGGAUUCAACUUCACCGUGCCUAAUAUGUACUUUAAGGAUGUCACGAUUUACCACAAAGAAAUUGAGGAACUUAAUCUUACCAUUUAAACGUCCUAAAUGUUCAUUAGUUGAAGAAGAUACUUUCGGCUCGGACAUUAAUGUAUUGGUAAUCACUUUAUGUACGUUGACUGUUUUGCACGAUUUCCAAUUUAUAAAAUGAUAAGCAUAGCAAUAAACGGAUAAUGAAAGAUAA